GCUGGGCGACACCUGGACGGCGGUGCGAGCCAGCGCGGCCGAGGUGCAAGCGCCCUGCUGGGGGAGUGGAGACGCUUGGCGCCCAGUCGGAAGGAAGGUAGAUGACCGUUUGAUGCUGCUAUUUCUCAUGGAAUUGAUGGUGAAGAGAAUAAACUGUCUAAGACUGGUCCAGAGAGGAGCCUGAACAGGAAUGGUGCUGUAGGAACAAGUGCCCUGCCUGGCAGGGGAUGCAGCAUCCUUCUGCUCCACCUCAUCAUAUAGACCUCUACUUCUUCAUUGGGAAGGCCAUCUAGGUUUUUACAGUCAGCCACCUAGAACUUUUGCUGCACCAAAAUUAGACUUUUGCUGCUGAACUGAAUGAGCUAUUACUCCAUUUUGAUUUUGCAUUUUUUAAUCAUCUGGACUUCAAUUACAGUUGUUUUGCCUUGAGAAUUUUAAGCCAGAUUUGUUACUAUUAUUUUGUGUGCAUUUUUCAAAAUGAUCGACUUAAGCUUCCUCACAGAGGAGGAGCAAGAGGCCAUCAUGAAGGUUCUGCAGCGAGAUGCGGUCCUGAAGAGGACGGAAGAAGAGAGAGUCAGACAUUUGCCUGAAAAAAUUAAGGAUGACCAGCAGUUGAAGAAUAUGAGUGGCCAGUGGUUUUAUGAAGCCAAGGCAAAAAGGCACAGAGACAAAAUCCAUGGUGCAGACAUCAUCAGAGCAUCCAUGAGAAAGAAGAGGCUUCAGGUAGCAGCUGAGCAGAACAAGGACAAAGAUAAUGAGGCAAAGGAAAGCUGGGUGAAUAAUAUCAACAAAGAUGGUUUCCUUCCCCCAGAACUAGCCGGUGUUGUAGAAGAACCAGAAGAGGAUGUGGCAUUAGCAAGCUCAGGUGCCACCAUGGUCAAUCCACCUAAAGCCAUGAUUGAUGCAUCUCAGGAGAGCACGGGGAAGUUGGCUGUGUCUCCAGCCAAGCAAAGGAAGAAUCCAUUUGAUAAGUCAGAGUUGCCAGAAGAUUACUUAGCGCAACAAAUCAAAAAUGAACCAUCAAAAAAUGGAAAGGCUGAUUUCUUUCAGACUUCAAAAGAGGGUGAAUUGUCAGAGUCAAAAAGAAAGUCAUCUGCAAUGAAUAUUUCAAGCCAAAAGAUAGAGAAACCAAAGCAGACUUUCUCAGGCUCUGAGGAUGGGUCUCAAAUCAAGACUCCAAUCCCCAAAGCCAGGAAGAUGAUCUACAAAUCACGUGAGUUAAGGCAAGAUGAUAACCAGUCUUUUCCUAGACAAAGAACAGACUCCCUGAAUGCAAGAGGGGCACCCAGAGGGAUCCUGAAGCGCAGCUCCAGUUCCAGCAGCACAGACUCAGAAACAGUUCGUUUGCAUCAGAACUUGGAACCCAAAAGCAAAGCCGUGUCACCUCACCUGACCAUCCAUGAGAGAAUUUCUGAGAAGGUGCACUCUUUAAAAGCUGACUCUUCAAACUCAUUGGAACCGUUAAAGCAUGUGAGAUUCUCCACAGUGACGGAAGACUUCCAGCAGAGUCCUGAACAAAUCCACAGCCAGGAAGUGGAAGAAUUUAAUGUUUUAGACUCUGACAAGUUAAAGAAUGCAACUGAAGAGGCAGGAAACGUAGAUACAGUUUGGAAUGACCAUAAGCCUUCCCAGUACAGAAAGCCUUUGCCUUUGCAUGAGUCAAGUCCAAGUGCACCAAAAGAUGAAACACAUCAGCCAAUGACUCUUACAAUUAGUGAGCACCAUGCUCCCUCAGAAGUUUUACCUAUAAGACCACAGUCCAUUGAGAAGUCACCUACUAUCAAUGAACAUAAAGCUAAAUCACCAGAAUCAUUAAGGCUUGAAUCAGAAGUGUCCAAAAACCCUGCUGAUGAACUGUCUCGUGUUGACCCUGAGUCAUCUCAGGUGCCAGGUGGCAGUUCUAGAGACCAUCAGCAAGGUUCAGAAGAAGAACCCAGUCCUGUUUUGAAAACUUUGGAAAGGAGUGCUGCUAGGAAAAUGCCUUGCAAAAGUUUAGAAGACUUACCAUCAGAUUCCUCAAAUCAAGCAAAAGUAAAUAAUCUGCCAGAAGAAUUAGUGCAUAGUGCUGAAGAUGUUUCCACAGUGCCUUCACAACCUGAUAAUCAGUUUUCCCACCCUGACAAACUCAAAAGGAUGAGCAAGUCUGUUCCAGCAUUUCUCCAAGAUGAGAGUGAUGGCAGAGAAACAGAUACAGCAUCAGAAAGCAGUUACCAGCUCAGCAGACACAAGAAGAGCCCCAGCUCUUUAACCAAUCUUAGCAGCUCCUCUGGCAUGACAUCAUUGUCUUCUGUGAGUGGCAGUGUGAUGAGCCUUUAUAGUGGAGACUUUGGUAAUCUGGAAGUGAAAGGAAGUAUUCAGUUUGCAAUUGACUAUGUGGACUCACUGAAGGAAUUGCAUGUUUUUGUGGCCCAAUGUAAAGACUUAGCAGCAGCAGAUACUAAAAAACAGCGCUCAGACCCAUAUGUAAAGAGCUAUUUGUUACCAGACAAGGACAAAAUGGGCAAGAAGAAAACACUUGUAGUGAAGAAAACUUUGAAUCCUGUGUAUAAUGAAAUCUUACGGUAUAAUAUCGAAAAGCAGGUCUUAAAGACGCAGAAGUUGAACCUGUCUGUUUGGCAUCGGGAUACUUUUAAGCGCAAUAGCUUUCUAGGGGAAGUGGAACUUGAUUUGGAAGCUUGGGACUGGGAGAACAAACAGGAUAAACAAUUAAAGUGGUACCCCCUGAAGCAAAAGACAGCACCAGUUGCCCAUGAAGCAGAAAACAGAGGUGAAAUGAAGUUAGCUCUCCAGUAUGUCCCAGAACCAAAUCCUGGUAAAAAGCUUCCUACAACUGGGGAAGUCCACAUCUGGGUGAAGGAAUGCCUCGAUCUCCCACUGCUAAGGGGCAGCCAUCUAAAUUCUUUUGUUAGAUGUACCAUCCUUCCUGACACAAGUAGGAAAAGUCGCCAAAAAACAAGAGCUGUAGGAAGAACCACCAACCCUGUCUUCAAUCACACCAUGGUGUAUGAUGGGUUCAGGCCUGAAGAUCUUAUGGAAGCCUGUGUAGAGCUUACUGUCUGGGACCACUACAAAUUAACUAACCAGUUUUUGGGAGGCCUUCGGAUUGGUUUUGGGACAGGCAAAAGCUAUGGUACUGAAGUGGAUUGGAUGGACUCUACUUCUGAGGAAGUUGCUCUUUGGGAGAAGAUGGUAAAUUCGCCCAACACUUGGAUUGAAGCGACCCUGCCUCUCAGAAUGCUGCUGAUUGCCAAGAUUUCCAAAUGAAGUUAAAGUCCACUGACUCCUCCACUGGGAACAACUAAAUAAGGUGGACCUGAUAUGAAAAUCUGACUGCAAGCAGAAAUUCUUCACUUCUCUCUCUUGCUGCAAAUGAAUGCUACACAGCAUGGGAAAGUCAGCCUACAUGUGUCUCUUUGGCUAUAGGCAUAGAAGAUUUAAAUAAUAACAAAAAGUGUAGCUUAUUUGGAACUGCAACAUUAAAAAGGGGUUUGGGAAAUAUAUGAGAUUCAAAUUGUUGCAGCUACUUCAAGGAAAAAAGCUGCCAAAAUACAUUAAAUGUGGGGUGUUAUAAACCAGCAAAAUAUUGUAGUUUGUGGCCAUGCAUUUUACACUACAAUCUUGUCUACGGUUAAGAGGCUGCCAAAUGAUCACUGAAAACUCUUGCAAGAACUAAAAAUGUGUAAAUUGUGGAAAAGAGAGAUAGCUAUUCCUACGAAAGGAAGGUGGAGAGAGCAGACUAUCAAUUACAGUAAAGAAUUUGAUCACAAGAAAACUAUUUGCUCUGUCAUCUAUAUUAAAACAUGGAAUUCCAUAGUAAGGCAAUGAGACUGAAUUUACUGCAUGUAGUACUGCCCUCUGACACUGCUCUCUCCUUUCCCAGUGUUAAACAGAAGUCUUAAAUAUGCUUUGGUGCCACCCCUUGGCCAUAGAUGGAAUUCAGCUUUUGGCUUAAUGUUCUUUGUCAGCCUGUAUUUUUAAAUAGAGUACAUAUAUAUAUGUAAAAGAAAAAACCCCACAAAAACCUUGCAUAUAUAAGGUUCUGUUUUUCUUAUAACUACAAAA